AGAGAGAGAGAGAGAGAGAGAGAGAGAGAGAGAGAGAGAGAGAGAGAGAGAGAGAGAGAGAGAGAGAGAGAGAGAGAGAGAGAGAGAGAGAGAGAGAGAGGGCUUUAGCUUGGCAUUUCUUCCCUCUGCCUUUCAGCUCCUCUCCCCCUGGAGGAGGCGUGUCCACGGGCCAGUAUAAAGUCCACAGAGAGCCACUCGCGUAGAACCAUUCUCAGGAGCAGCCUCUUGCAUUGCACGCCGGUAGGAGAGGAAACCGCUGCUCUACAUAAACGACUUGUGUGCGCGAGGACCAGGGCCCCCCCGAUACACCCACCCCCCACCCCUCAUGCCCCACCCCACCAACUCCACCUUGGCAUUGACUCACCAGCCUCCUGCUCUUCAGCUCUCAAGUUCAGGGUAAAUCGGACUUGAAAGGGAGACAGGCUCCUCUGUGCAUUGCGGCGGAUGCGUUUCAGUGAAUACGGUCCUUUCCAACAAAACGUACGACAGUUUCCAAGAGACUGCGAUAUUUAUCCGCCGGAUAAGGGAGGAGUAGGUAUCGGACGUAGGUUUUUUGGGGGGGUUUUGUUCUCGACCUGUUUGUAUUCUUUUUCAAGCUGCCAGAGAUAUUCCGGAACCAGUCAGAGAGACGGUGAGGCAGCAAAGCAGGGGCAUUGUAUUCGAACCCGUGCCACUCUAGAAGCCAACCAGCUGACAACAUCAAAGAGCCGCCCCCACCCACCUCAACCCGCCUCCCUCUUCCCCACACCACAGAUAGCCACCUCGACUCUGAGAAGCGAGGUGACAAAGCAAAGGGGGGAAACGGGCCGACGACCAAGAACAAGUUAAGGUGGAGCUCAACUUUGUUUGGGAUUUCUUUGGGGGGGUGUCCGAGAGCCACCUGUGUGUUUUCCGGGAGGUCGUCAUGGUGCGCGGCGGAGGCGGAGGAGGAGGAGGAGGAGCGGUGGCGCCGCCCUGCUGGAGCCUCUGGGCGCUGAGCGUCCUGUCGCUGGCGUCGCUGUGCCUGACGGACGAGGCCAUUCGCUGCCCCCUCUGCACUGAGGAGCGGCUGGCCGAUUGCCCGCUGCCGGACGGCUGCGAGGAGACGGUGCGCGAGACGGGCUGCGGAUGCUGCCCCACCUGCGCCCUGGCCAAGGGGGCGCUCUGCGGGGUCUACUCGCCCCGCUGCGCCACGGGGCUGCGCUGCUACCCGCCGCGUGGGGUGGACAGGCCCCUGCACUCGCUCAUGCACGGCCAGGGGGUGUGCACGGACGAGAGGGAGGUGGAUGAGAACUCAGCCAUGGACCGGCAGGAUGAGAUCAUCCCUGAGCACCCAAACAACAGCAACAUCCGCUGCAGUCCCCAAGACAAACGCUGCAUCCAGAAGACGUUGGCCCGCCUCCCUCCCAAAUCCACCAAUCAGAGAAGCAACAAUGCCAGGGAGGACCCAAAGGCUGCGCUGGCUCCAUGUCGUGCUGAGCUGCAGAGAGCGCUGGAUAGGCUGGCAACCAACACUCGCACCCACGACGAUCUUUACAACAUCCCGAUACCCAACUGUGACAGGAAUGGAGACUUCCAUGCCAAGCAGUGCCACCCGGCCCGUGAUGGGCAGCGGGGAAAGUGCUGGUGCGUGGACCAGAAGACGGGCAUGAGGCAGCCAGGACCCCUCGAACUGAGAGGGGAACUGGACUGCCACAUGUUAAUGACUUCCACCCUGAGAGAGUGAGGAGGGGACCUGCAGGGUCGACCGUGGGGAGGUGGAAAGGGCCAGCUGAAAUCUACUGGUGCUGAUUAGUGUAACUAUAAAAAGAAAGGACUUCACCUUAAAGCCUCUCUUCGCGUGAGGCGAACGGUACUUGAGAAUACAAAAGUAACAAAAAAAGAAAAGAAAAAGGAAAA